CAUGCUCAUUUAUUUUCCAAGUCUUAAUCUAAUUUUCUCAAGGCUCCAAAGUUCAAUGCCGUUUCAUUGUUUGGUAUCUUUUAGUCUAUCAACCAUGCAUGAGUCCUUCGCAGUAAACCCAGCAAAGCAAGAUGAUCAGUGCUAAGAAGCUAUUCGAGUUAGCAAAAAGAUGGCAAAAAAUGGCGUCUAUUAGGAGAAAAAGAAUCACAUCACCGAGAAACUCGAGGGAUUCUGAAACAAACAGUUGCAGCACAUCAUCGGUGGUCGACAAAGGUCACUUUGUUGUAUACACUGUGUAUCAGAAGCGCUUUGUGCUUCCUUUGGAAUAUCUUAAGAACAACAUUGUGAUGGAGCUAUUCAACUUGGCAGGAGAAGAGUUUGGACUACCAGGCAAUGGGAUUCUCCUCAUGCCUUGUGAUGCAAACUUUAUGGAAUAUGUAAUUGCUCUGAUAAAAAAGAAACCAAGUAAAGAAGUGGAGAAAGCAUUGAUCCUGUCUGUAAGCGCCAGUCGUGACAGCUCAUCAUAUCUUUAUCAGCAAGAAAUGAACUCACAGUUGCCAAUAUGGAGCUUCUGAAGCAGUUUUCCCCCCCUUCUAUUGUAUUGUAAUUGAUCCACACCUUUGUAGAUUAAAGUAUAUAAUGCAAAAACAUCAAAAUUUCUCUCUCA